UCUGGUCUGUAUCAAUAUCUCUCGUCCGGACGCACUUCAAUCGAAACCUGUGAUCGAUCGAUCGAUUGUCGGCGGCGAAGAAGAUGACAGUGGAAGUUACGAACGGCGUCGCGGAUGCUCUAUCGUUUCCCAACGGCGAGGCGACGCUUCGAAACCCUAGCGCGCCCACAGCCUUGAAGAAGUCUCGUGAGAGCGAGCGGCGCCGGAGGCGGCGGAAGCAGAAGAAAAACAGCAAAUCAUCCGAUCAACGCGACGCUGUCGUCGAUGAAGAUGACGAUACCAAGGAGAAUGCUGAUCCUCAAAAGGUAAUGGAGCAAGUUGAAGUUGAGUACGUACCAGAAAAAGCAGAAUUAGAUGGUGACUUGGACGAGGAGUUUAGGAAGGUCUUUGAGAAAUUUAGUUUUAUGGAAAGUAUGGGGUCUGAGGAGAAUGAUAAAAAUGAUGAGACUGCAGCUAAUGCAGCCUUAAACAAAAAGGUUGACUCAGAUUCUGAAGAGGAAGACCAGGAUCCACAGCAAAAAGAGAAAGGUGUCUCAAACAAAAAGAAAAAGCUCCAACGACGGAUGAAAAUUGCUGAACUAAAGCAGAUAAGUUCAAGGCCUGAUGUUGUUGAGGUCUGGGACGCAACUGCAUCUGAUCCUAAGUUACUAGUAUUUCUGAAAUCAUAUAGAAAUACUGUUCCAGUGCCAAGACAUUGGUGUCAGAAAAGAAAAUUCUUGCAGGGAAAACGUGGCAUUGAGAAACCACCUUUUCAGCUUCCUGAUUUCAUUGCUGCUACAGGGAUUGAGAAAAUAAGACAGGCUUACAUUGAGAAAGAGGACAGUAAAAAGCUCAAACAGAAGCAACGUGAAAGGAUGCAGCCAAAGAUGGGCAAAAUGGAUAUUGAUUACCAGGUUCUCCAUGAUGCUUUCUUUAAGUAUCAAACUAAGCCAAAGCUAACAACACAUGGUGAUCUAUAUUUUGAAGGAAAAGAGUUUGAGGUAAAAUUAAGGGAGAUGAAGCCUGGGAUGUUAUCUCAAGAACUAAAAGAAGCUCUUGGCAUGCCAGAAGGUGCCCCUCCCCCAUGGCUCAUCAAUAUGCAGAGGUAUGGUCCACCACCUUCUUACCCACAGUUAAAAAUUCCUGGGCUGAAUGCUCCUAUUCCUCCUGGAGCUAGCUUUGGAUAUCAUCCUGGAGGUUGGGGCAAACCUCCUGUUGAUGAAUAUGGGCGACCACUGUACGGUGAUGUUUUCGGGGUUCAUCAGCAAGAACAGCCCAAUUACGAUGAAGAACCAGUUGAUAAGACCAAGCAUUGGGGUGAUUUGGAGGAAGAAGAGGAAGAAGAAGAGGAAGAGGAGGUGGAAGAACUGAUUGAGGAAGAGGAACUGGAGGCCGGCAUUCAAUCUGUUGACAGUCUUUCAAGCACCCCUACUGGCGUUGAGACUCCAGAUGUUAUUGAUCUACGCAAGCAGCAACGAAAGGAGCCUGAGAAGCCUCUUUACCAAGUACUUGAGGAAAAGGAAGAAAGGAUUGCUCCUGGAACUUUACUUGGAACAUCUCAUACAUAUGUCAUUGGUACUGGUGCUCAAGACAAAACAGCAGCUAAAAGGGUUGAUCUACUUAAAGGUCAGAAAUCAGAUAGAGUGGAUGUGACGCUGCAACCAGAAGAGCUGGAAGUAAUGGACAAUGUAUUGCCCGCAAAGUACGAGGAAGCAAGGGAGGAGGAGAAGAUGCGUAGUCAGCGAGAGGACUUCAGUGACAUGGUUGCCGAGAAUGAGAAGAAGAGGAAAAGGAAAAUGCAGGAAAAGGACGGAAAAUCCAAGAAGAAGGAUUUCAAGUUUUAGAAGCCCGGGUUAUGAUACAAUGUUUUGGACAAUGUCCAUGUCUCAGUUGGCCUAUCAAUCCCAUUCCAUACUAGUGUUUUCAUGCCAUCCAUACUCCUUCUGUACCUCUGCUCUAUUGUAGAUUUAAGACUUACUAAUCCAAGCUCAAAUACUUAUGUUUUAGCAUUGUGCUACAAAAAUGAUCUGCCUUUAUGCCAUGUUCGGAGCUAGAAUUUGUGGAAAUGAGAAGAAUGUACUACUUAACAUGUAGCCUGAAAAGAUCAAACUUUUUGUCUGUUUUCUUUCUC